UACUUGUACUGUCAACUGUUUUAUUGCAUUACAUGUGAAGUUGAAGCCCUGUUGAAGUUGUACCAAAGCGUUUGGCAUUGCUGCUUGGCGGUACGGGGCGGCUAGACAACCGGAGCCUGCGCAGUGUGCAGUGUGGCCGGAUCACAGUGAAGGAGAGUCGGGUGCAGUAGUUCCACCACCAGAGGAGGAAGCCGAGUUUCCGGCCGCUGGCAGCAGAGGGAGAGAACUGCCUAGCCCCCGAGAAAAACGACGCCGGCUCGGGGCAAACGAUUUCUAGUCCUGAAUCAUAACCGGUCAAAGAAGCGGCACAAGGCGGGGGUAAGCCACGAUCCACCGGCAUGGCCAGGGACUACGAUUACCUCUUCAAGCUGCUCAUCAUCGGUGACAGCGGAGUGGGGAAGAGCAGUCUCCUGCUUCGUUUCGCAGACAACACAUUUUCAGGUAGCUAUAUCACCACAAUUGGAGUGGACUUUAAGAUCCGGACAGUGGAGAUCAAUGGGGAGAAAGUGAAGUUGCAGAUCUGGGAUACAGCAGGACAGGAGCGCUUUCGGACCAUCACUUCCACGUAUUACAGAGGAACGCACGGGGUCAUCGUGGUAUAUGACGUCACCAGCGCAGAAUCCUUUGUCAACGUCAAACGAUGGUUACAUGAAAUCAACCAGAACUGCGAUGAUGUGUGUCGAAUAUUAGUGGGAAACAAAAACGACGACCCCAACUCCAAAGUGGUGGAGACCACUGACGCGCAGAAGUUUGCCGAACAAAUGGGCAUCAAUCUGUUUGAGACGAGUGCAAAAGAGAACAUUAAUGUGGAAGAGAUGUUCAACUGCAUCACGGAGCUGGUGCUCCGAGCCAAGAAGGAGGUGAUGGCCAAGCAGCAGCAGCAGCAACAGAACGACGUGGUCAAACUCACCCGGAACAGCAAACGAAAGAAAAAGUGCUGCUAGCGAACGGCGGGUCAUCAGGCCGCCACCAGGCAGGCCGGCGUCGUUUUUCUCGGCGCUCGCACGCAAAACCGGAUGGGACUCAGAAAGUCUAAAUUAAAGAGCAGAUAAAGAUUUAAGAAAUAUACGCUAAAGAUUAAAGACAUAUGCGUCCCCUUUGGACAAAGUAAUCAUGGAGAAAUAUAUGUACAGAUUUUACUAUCAAACGUCUGAUCAAAAGUCUUAUUUGGAAUUCAAGCGGAGGGUCCUCCUUUUCAUAAAGGAUCUGCAAAGUGACGACCGACUGCCAGAACUCUCCCGUAUACAUCUGCUUAAAUCCCGCCAUUGUCACAUAUGCGCGUCUCAUCCUUCUUCUUCCUCACACUGCACAGGACAUUCAGCACUCGAUGAGGAGAGGGGCCUUUCUUUCUUGUCUUGUUUUUUUUCUAGUUGUAUUCUUUUGCUGCGGGAAGGGGGGUAACCCACUUUACCACAGCUCACGCCAAGAGAUCAGGAUUAUAUACGAAGAUGUUUGCGUUGAUCUGAUGGCCGUAAAACAAAUGAUUGGGCGUCCAAACCAUUGGACGGAGCCGCUGACUUCAUCUUUUUUUUCUUUUGCCAAGCUUUCUUCUAACCUUCAGCACUGCACAGCCAAAAACCUUUUGAUUUGACUUUUGAGCAUUUUAAGUGCGGCAGUCUUAAUGUGGUGUCCCUUUUUAUUUUUUGUUUCUUUUCUAACAGUGAUAGAGUUACGCAGUGGUGGUGAGCCCCUUACAGGUGAUUUUCAUCAGGGGGUCCAUCCUGUCCGCUCGCUAGCCCACCAGCACCAAGACACUUAGCUUCAGCAAACUUAGAGUGCUUCUGCGCACUCUUAAUUUUUUGGGAGAUUGCUCGAGGUGCAGCCAUUACAUCACUAAACGUCAGACUGCUUAUAGCUUCCACUUCCAUUGGCCUUGUUAACCCUAGAGUUAAAUACAUUUUUAUCAAACCCCCACACUCUAUUGUUACCACUUCAUUAAGUAUAUGUGUAUAUAAAUAUUUGUGUUUCUACUCAACACAUCACGGACACGGGCAAAUACAUGCCCCGUGUGUGUUCUUAUUGAACGCAUUCAUCAGAUGUGGUUUACUGUACACUGGAGAAAAAAAAGACAUGUACAAUUCCGUUUUACCCGCAAUGAAUUUAAUCCAUAAUAACCAUUUUAAAAGGAAUAAAUAGUAAAGACUGAGCUCAUUUGUCAGUGACUUGUGGCCUGACUUCAUUUUAAACCUGUGUCUAUUUUUGGAAUCUGUGAAUAAAGUGUGGGAGAAAGUGUA